GGGGAAGGUCCUUUCAGCUGCUAAUGUGUAGGUGUGGCGUUCAGUUUUCCAGUGUAAGGGAAAAACCGGCCCCACGCUCUGUCAUUUGAACUUCCUUAGCUUCCAGCACUCACAAGCAGGAAAACUCCAAGAGUCCAGCACUGGAUCUCAGCAGGUCACAAGCAGCACUGGAAUCAUGGCCAGCAACAUUCAGAAAGACCAGGUCAGAGAUAAGACACAACUUCGGAUUCAGUAGAAAGGAAACAAACAUCAAUUAAAAGACAGGGCAAAGAUUGGUGAAGCCCACUGGCCACAGGAUGAACUUUGUACCAGUACAAAAUAGAGCUGGAUUCCCAAGUUAUUUAAAAAGAAAACAUGCACUACUUUCAUAGAAGACACAAACAGCAUCGGCCAAACAAAACUGUGCCAGUGCGGGGCAUUCAUGAUAAAUCAUGUGUCUGUGGCAAUGGAGGAUAAUUUUGGCGCAGCCAUAGUCAGUAAGUGGAACUCUGCAGAACACACAACGGAGGAGCCCACCGAUGCUUACGGAGAUAUUGAGUUUGUGGGUGCUGGGCGGAAACAAAGCAAGUUCAUCCGCUUGUCCGAUGACACUGACCCAGGAAGCAUUUACAGUCUCAUAACGAACAACUGGAAGAUCCCUCCACCAAACCUGGUGGUCUCUGUUGUUGGUGGAGAUGGGGACUUUAAAAUGAAGACAUGGCUGAAGGACAUCCUGAGGAAGGGUCUGGUCAAGGCUGCGCAGAGCACGGGCGCCUGGAUAAUGACAGGAGGGAUGCAGGUGGGCAUUGGCAAAUAUGUGGGGGAGGCAGUGAGAGACCAUGCCACCGCCAACUCCAAUUCCAGGACCAAAGUUGUUGCAAUGGGAAUCGCUCCCUGGGGAAUUGUACACAACCGGCAAAGCUUAGUGAAUCCCAAGGGCUCUUUUCCAGCCACAUAUUACAUGGACAACGUGGAUGGACCCACUUAUUCCCUGGACAACAAUUACUCUGUUUUCCUCCUCGCAGAUGAUGGGUCACACGGACAGAUGGGCGGCGAGACAAGUUUCCGAUUCAAGCUGGAGGAACACAUUUCCCGACAAAAAACUGGAGUUGGAGGCAAAGGAAGCAUUGAAAUCCCAGUCUUGUGCAUGUUGAUAGCUGGAGAAUCAAAAAUGCUGGAGAGGGUGUAUAAUGCCACAAAAAGCCCUAUCCCAUGUCUGCUGGUGGCUGGCUCAGGUGGUGUCGCUGACUGCUUGGCUGAAAUCCUGGAGGAAUCCAUAGCAUUGGAGUCUAUUAGGGGUCUGAUAGAAGAAAAACUAAAACAUCAUUUUCCUAAGGAGAACCUAACAAAAAUGGUGGAAAAGGUUGAGAGGAUUGUGGAGAACAGGGAUCUGGUUACCGUGUAUUCAGAUUCUGACGGGACGGAGGACUUUGAAACUGUGAUCCUUAAAGCACUGGUAAAAGCUUGCAAGAAACAUUCAAGUGAAGCCACAGAAUACCUGGACGAGCUUAAACUGGCAGUAGCCUGGAACCGAGAGGACAUUGCCAAAACUGAGCUAUUCCAUGGGGAGAUCCUCUGGCGGGCAACUGACCUUGAUGACACAAUGACUGAUGCUCUGAUAAACAACAAGCCCAGGUUUGUGAAGCUUUUUGUGGACAAUAACUUGAACAUUGUGGAUUACUUGACCUACGGGCGGCUUGAGGAACUCUACAGUUCUGUGCUGGACAAUACUCUCCUCUAUCAAUUGCUAAAGCACAAACAUGAUGAACGGAGGAGUUCAAACAAAGAUCAUCAUCAUCAUCAUCAUCAAUUCCCACUGAUGGAAUCGAAUGGCAAAGAGGUGGAAUUCAAGCUCUAUGAGGUUUCCAAGGUCCUACGGGACCUGUUGGGUGAUGUCUGUGCUCCUUUCUACACACAUGUCCUGGGAAAUAUGAAAGGUUCUGUUCACAGAAGACACUCAAGCAGAAAAUCUCAGGAGCAAAUCUCUGUGGAAAAGUAUGAACCAAACAAGUCAACGUGUCCAUGGAUAGAUCUCUUUAUUUGGGCAAUAUUACAGAAUCGAGAUGAAAUGGCCACUUACUUCUGGGAAAUGGGCUCUGAGGCUGUAACCUCCGCUCUGGCUGCUAUGAAGAUUCUCAGGGAUCUUUCCCGGAUGGAGUCAGAGGCUGAAGAAUCUUUAGCCAUGAGGGAUCUGGCUGCUAAGUUUGAGCAACUUGCUAUAGGAGUGUUUAAUGAAUGCUACAGAAACAGUGAAAAUCGAGCAUUUAAGCUCCUUGUGCGGCGCUCCAGCAUCUGGGGAGGAGCCACGUGUCUGCAGUUGGCUUACGAGGCUGAUGCCCGCAACUUCUUUGCCCAGGAUGGUGUUCAGUCAAUGUUAACAGAGAAUUGGUGGGGGCAGAUGGCUCAGAACACCCCUGUGUGGGCGAUGGUGCUGACUUUCUUCUGUCCGCCUCUGAUUUAUACAGACCUGAUCACAUUUAAGUCUAUUGACCAUGAAAAUGGAAUAGAAAGUGCUCAUCGAAUGGAAAUGGACAGCCUGGAUACUGACAUAAAGACUACUGUUGCAGAAAUUAUGGAAGGGGAAGACAGACAAGACAACGAGAAAGCAGAAAAAGUACCGCUCAAAAAGUUGAGUGUGAAAAAAUCAAAAAAAGGGCAGGCCUCAGAGGCAGAAAUCAUCAAGGAGAAACAGCGGCCAAAGUGGAUGCAACGCUGGAAGCAAUUCUGGAGUGCACCCGUGACAGCCUUCUUUGGCAACGUGGUCAUGUACUUUGCUUUCCUCUUCCUUUUUUCCUACGUGCUGCUUUUGGAAUUCAAGAUGCCUCCACCAGAUGGCCCAGCAAACUCAGAGUUAAUACUUUAUUUUUGGGUUUUUACAAUGGUCUGUGAAGAGAUACGGCAGAGUUUCUUUGUGGGCACCAUGCCCGUGGCGCAGAAGCUCAGGCAGUACUUGCAGGAUUCGUGGAACCAUGUUGACAUCAUCGCGCUAUGCCUCUUUAUCAUCGGGGUGAUUUGCAGGAUGUUUGAUGCAACGUUUGAAGCUGGCCGGACAAUCCUCUGCUUUGACUUCAUGGUCUUUACUCUUAGGCUGAUCCAUAUCUUUGCCGUCAACAAACAGCUGGGGCCAAAAAUCAUUAUAGUCAGAAAAAUGAUGAAGGAUGUUUUUUUCUUUCUCUUUUUUCUGGGUGUCUGGCUCAUUGCUUAUGGAGUUACCACCGAGGGCCUGCUUCAUCCCAGCGACAUGCGUCUCAGCUGGAUCUUCCGCCGGGUCUUCUACAGGCCUUAUCUCCAAAUUUUUGGUCAGAUCCCACAGGAGGAGUUUGAUGCUUCCAAGAUUUCUUCCUCCAACUGCACGGAUGACCCCAUCGCCAUAAUGCUGGAAGAGGCAGAACCUUGCACCAACACAUAUGCCAACUGGCUGGUCAUUCUCCUGCUUGUCAUUUUUCUGCUGGUUGCCAAUAUCCUUCUUCUGAACCUGCUGAUUGCCAUGUUCAGUUACACCUUCUCCAAGGUCCAGGGCAACAGCGAUAUCUACUGGAAAUUCCAGCGAUAUAACCUGAUAGUGGAGUAUCACAACCGCCCGGCCCUAGCUCCACCAUUCAUCAUCAUCAGCCACAUUAACGCUUUCAUCAAGCGCAAGAUCCGCAAGGUGGCAUCUCAGAAGAUCCGACAUUUCAUGCUGGAACUGACAGAGACUCUAGACAACCGAAUGAUCAUCUGGGAAGCCGUGCAGAAGGAGAACUACAUGGUAAAUGUUGCUAAGCAUAAAAGGGACAGUGACACAGAACGUCUGCGCAGAACCUCACAAAAGGUUGAUACGGCCUUAAAACAUCUGAAUGAGAUCAAGGAACAUGACCGAAGGUUGAAAGCAAUGGAAACUGAACUGGAAUACUGCCGUAAUGCACUUUCCUGGAUAGUCGAUGCACUUCAACAGAGCGAGGUUGUGAAAACCACUAGAAGUCCACCUGUUUGUAUUGAAGGUUGACAUUCUUUGACCAAGAAAGAAUUGCUGCUACCAACUGCUGAGGUUUCCAUCUUCUUCCCUUGCACCUAUGGACCACUAGUCUGCCUGUCUAUUAAUAAAGUUGCUGAAUUCCAAUGAUAAUUACAAAGUUUUCACCCAACAGAUCAUUCUCUCAUGUCAUUAAAAAAUAAUCAAGGCUGAAAUAUAAAGCAAAUCACCAGUUCUGUCUUCAGAUAUUUACCCUCCUCCCCACAAACAUAAAUUGAAUAUCUGGAGUCACAAUUUCUCAAUCAUGCAUGGGCAAUUUCUCAAUGGACUAUGGAAUUCUUGCUGUAAGGCUCAAUAUCCCUAACCUGGACCCUUUCCAUGUGCAAGACUAGAAAUGAUUUGCCUUCUGGUCCAGCCAACAAGCAGAACUUUUUGUCCCAAAUACUGGCACGUGGAAUCUCAUCUUGGCUCUGAACUGGUCAUCCAAUGAACAGAGAUGGACCUGCUUACAAACAGCAGCUGCUGGGAAUCUUUCAUGAUUACCAGUUUCAAUCCAAAUUCUUAUUUUUUUAAAGAAAAGUUUUAAGGUCUUCAUUUUAGAUCUAGUUUGGUAGAUGAUUUCUAACAGGUCCAAGACUUUUUCUGUAAAAUAAUACCAACAGAAUGCCAUGGUUAUUUUUUAUAGAGAUUAUAAUGUAAAGGUUAGGGAUGCCAUGUUUUCUACUGUUUUUGUUUACCUUUUGAUUUUAAAUUGUGUCCAUAAUAAUGGUUUGUAUAUGUGUACUGUAAAUGUAGAGAUUUAUUUACUAAAACAUGAGUCAAAGCAUAAACCAAGAUGUUUAGAGGGUUCUUAUAGUUUAAGAUCUAACAGAUUUUAUUUUUUUAUGGAAACCUUUCCCUAAGUUGCAUAUUUGGUCUUGCUGUCUCUCCAUGUAUGGUGGCCCCACUAGGUGGCACAAGGGGUAUAUUGGUACUGAUUCCUGGAUAGAAUCCCUGCUCCAGUGCUCAACCCCUCAAGACAGGAAAUUCUCAGCCUAUGAGCCUAUCACCAGGCACGAAAUGCAUUAGGCUGUUUAUGUCCUAAUAAAUACUUGUUAGUUUUCUAA